ACCUUACCCAGCCCCAGCCCAGACGGACCUCCUAAGCUCCAGAACGGCGGGCCGCAGGGAGUUAAAUUGCUGCCUUCCUCUCCUCUCUCUGGCGGUUGGUGUUUCGUUUUCUAAAGGAACGUUUUAUUCACUUUUUAGUAUUUUCUACCGGGGGGCACGCUACCCGCCUCGGUGAACAGACUGCUUUGUAAACGGGUUUUCUACGUAUGGAUGUGUAGCUCUACUUGGGACACCUGGCAACGCUUGCGCCUCUCCAACCGGGGCACGGGCUCGUUAUUUUGGACAUUCUUUACCCCUUCCACUUGGUACCCCAACGCAUUGUGACCAAACUUCCCACUGCCCCCUGGACUGGGAUCGCCUUGGGGCGCACGUUUGGGGUGCAGACGUCUACUUCGCAGGAAGGCCUGGGACCGCCCCGCCCCCGCCGCCAGCGGUUGGGCAAGUUUACAUCUGGAUUCUCACACGUCUCGUUGCCACUGCCCAGACUCUGACUAACCUUGUGGGCGCCGGGUUUUGCACACUGCAGCCUCCUCAGACAUUACCACUGCCUCCCUGCUCCUGCCCCUUCCCUCUUGCCGCCGAGGUCCUGCCCUCGCCCCGGGGGAGCGCGAUCCCGAGGGAGCCUUGGAGCCAGGGGCCUGGGGCCGGCGCUGAGCAGCUAUGGCUGCAGCAAUAGCCAGCUCGCUGAUCCGGCAGAAGCGGCAGGCGAGGGAAUCCAACAGCGACCGGGUGUCGGCCUCCAAGCGUCGCUCCAGCCCCAGCAAAGACGGGCGCUCCCUGUGCGAGAGGCACGUUCUGGGGGUGUUCAGCAAGGUGCGCUUCUGCAGCGGCCGCAAGAGGCCGGUGAGGAGGAGACCAGAACCCCAGCUGAAAGGAAUUGUGACAAGGUUAUUCAGCCAGCAGGGAUAUUUCCUGCAGAUGCACCCAGAUGGUACCAUUGAUGGGACCAAGGACGAAAACAGCGACUACACUCUCUUCAAUCUAAUUCCUGUGGGGCUGCGUGUGGUGGCCAUUCAAGGGGUGAAAGCCAGCCUCUAUGUGGCCAUGAAUGGUGAAGGCUAUCUCUACAGCUCAGAUGUUUUCACCCCAGAAUGCAAAUUUAAGGAAUCCGUCUUUGAAAACUACUACGUGAUCUAUUCUUCCACACUGUAUCGCCAACAAGAGUCAGGCCGCGCGUGGUUUCUAGGACUCAAUAAAGAAGGUCAAAUUAUGAAGGGCAACAGAGUGAAGAAAACCAAGCCUUCCUCACAUUUUGUACCAAAACCUAUUGAAGUGUGUAUGUACAGAGAACCAUCGCUACAUGAAAUUGGAGAAAAACAAGGGCGUUCGAGGAAAAGUUCUGGAACACCAACCAUGAACGGAGGCAAAGUCGUCAAUCAAGAUUCAACAUAGCCGAGAACUCUUUCCUUCUUCCCUCCGUCAUCCCUUCUCCUUCCCUUCCUCUUCCUCAUUUCCUUCCAAUAAAUCCACCCAAGGAGAGAAAAAUAAAAUGGAAACGGAGGACCUAGUAGCUAAGAUUCUGCCCUUAAGGUUUCCCUUUGUGUAGGAAAAGAAAGUUGAACCAAAGCUUGCCUGUUGCGAUGUGGUAGAAAAUUCACAUGCACAAAGAUUAGCACAAAUAAAAGCAAAGGAAAAAAAAUAAAUCGGAACUCCACAAACAGCAAUUAAAACUAUUGUUAUUACUAGAGGGCUAACUGUAAUGAAUGCAUUAGUAUAAUAAAGACGAAAUGAAGUUAUUAAGAAGGAAAAGGUUGAGAAGAAUUAAACUUACAGAUUGAUGUUAGACUCUAGCUUAAACUACGGAUAAUGCUGUGAUGUGUGGCUUUGUUUGAUUUUGUAUUUCCUUUGGGCAUCUGGAAUUAACACAAUUAACAAAAAAUCCUGUUUCCAGGAUUUUUUUAAACCAUGAAACUAAAUAUGUAUGAAUUACACUCUUGUAAUGCUUAUACAGUAUGUAGCCAGAAACCAUUUAACAUCAAGAAACACUUAAAAAAAUUACUCUUGAAACUGUUUAGAUUUCUUUUUCAAAUGAAUACUCUUGUGUUGAAUCUAAUGGUAUUUGAUGAUUUAGUUCCUUCAUAAAAUGUUUCAGAUUCUCCUAAGAGAUAUCAUAUUUUUAUCAAAGGUAUAUAUCCAGGAUAUCAUUUUUUUCAGUCAUUUAUAAAAGAAGUCAUUGUCAUAAUGCUGAGGUAACUUUGGUGCAUUCUAGGUCAUUACUAUGUUCAGACAGUGAGGCAUAAGUUACUUGGCCUUAUCGUUUGAGCUUAUUUUCUCCUUUGCAGACUCAUUUGAGAGAACCAUGUGUAUGUCUAGCUGUCUUAGAGAAUUUUGUACCAUAUCUUGCAGCAGAAAAGGAGGAAGAUAGGUUUUACAUAAGCAAAUAAGUCUGAGGAACUGUAAAGAAAAGUGUAUUUGCCUUUGUACUCUGCUGGAGUUUUGUGUACAGAGGAUUUCCAAACUCUGUGGAAAAUCUGGAGACCUGGUUGUGAAAUUCCUAUAUUAGUAUCUUAUGAAGCCAAUGGAUUUUUGUUGAUAUAUAUCCUCAUGUAUAAGUCUAGUUGAAAGAAGGUCCUAGUGCCACAUGAAUUUUUAAGGGCAGGUAGAAAUUAUAUGGGAUUAGCAACUAUGACUCCAACAGACAGGGUUGUGUGAGUGGCCUAAAGUAGUGGAAAAGAACUCAGUGUAGAAGCAAGCAAGCACCCAGUAAUACCAAGGUAUUAGAAAAAUACUAGCAAAGAAAUGAAUGUUAUGCAAUUACAUUGAAAUAAAAAAGAUCUACUUAGCCCUACAAAUCAGGAAUGGUAUAGAAACAUCCAAAUUCAAGCAAAAUAAAACAAAACAGAAUGUUUAAAAUGUAUGCAGAUUUAUGGGUAUUAUUAAUUUAAGAAGACUAGCAUGUAACUUCUCCUAUAUCUCUACUGUCCAGCAUGUAUUGUUCAAAAUAUGACUACCUAAAAUAUAUACACUUUGCAGCCGCUCUAGGCCCUCACAUUCAACCUUGCCAUUGGUUGCUAUAUUCUUUCAAGGUCAAAAUAGUUUCCUUCACUCUACACAUUCAUCAUUCUUCAAUAGUGGUUCCUGUCCUUCACCAAGUAUCUUCCUUAAUGUUAUCAGGAGGAAUGUUAUCAGGAGGUUAGUAAAAACACAAAUGGAGUAAUUUGGCUAAUAAAUUGGGAAGAAUAAACAUUAUGCACACAUCUAGGCAGAGAUUUUGAACACAUAUUUAUGAGAGAUACUUAUUAAAUCAAAAUAACUGGAAAGUUACAAAUAAAUACAUUUAGAUUUUUAAAACAAAUGAACAAACAAAGAAUCUUAUUCUUCCAGGGGGAAAAAACUACCCUUGGAAAAAAAUAAAGAUCUGGUUAUAUUUUCUUUGUCACUCUGGAUUGAACUUGAUUAUAAAUACACCUAUAACUUCCAGGACCCAACAAAUCCCAAGCACAAGGCCUUAUUUUUUAAAAAAAGAAUAAAAAGAAGCUUAGACAAAUGGGUCACAGGCUCUUUUAGUAUGAAAUGAGUGGAGCUUUUGUGGUGAUGCACACAUACCCCUAACACAACUGAUGGUUUCACAAGUAACACAACUGAUAAAACGCACAAUCAUCAAUUACACUGAUGCAUGACCGAGUAUAUUUAACCCAGUUAAUUCUGAAAAGAUAUGAGAGACGAGGAUCCAGUGAAAUCUCUGCCUCUGUUUUCAGUGAGUGUCUGUCAUUUAACAUUUACACUCAUAUUUCUCCUUCCUGAAAGCAAUUAAGAAGGCUCAUUCAAGCUGGGGAUAUAGUUCAGUGGGAGAGGACUUUUUUGUCAUGCAGGAAACCCUGGUUUCAGUCCCCAGUACUGGGAAAAAAAAAAAAAGGAAUCUUCUAACCACCUAAUCUAUGUAUUUUCUCCUUAUGUGUUGAGUAAAUAUUCUCUGCUGAGAAAUGUUUUGGAAAUUAGCUUUGUUUUAUUUACAGCACAUUUCAGAGAAUCCAUUGGAAACUUCGUAUUUCUUUACACAUAUGCCUGACAAAAAUUAUGGUCCAGAGCAGAGUAAAUUUUUGCCUAACUGCAGCUUACUUUUUAAAUACAUUUAGAUCUUUAAUAGAGUCAGUAUUCAUUAUGUUUCUAAAAAUAUUACCAAAUAUAAACAUAUAAUUAUCCAAUUCCCUCCAAAAAUGCGAAUCAGUUUUAAUAUUUUGUUUUUCAGGUUUACUAUAAUAUAAUAUUUUACUUUGAUUUUCAUGUUCUAAUUUCUGGGUCUUAAACUUAUCUACCACAUAUUCUCUUUUAAGUGGAAUAAACUUUUUUGAAAUGCACUGAAAUAUUCCCAGGAAAAAUAUGAUUUUUAGUAAAGCUUUUAUAUUAGCUCUGUAAAUUCACAUGAAGGCAUGGUUACUCUAAGAGUCUCCAGUGCAAUGUGUUUCAAACUCAGUAGGUUUGAAAAUGAAAAUACUUUUGAGACUCUCUCAAAAUAGCUUUCUGGUCAACAUACUUUAUUUUUAAACUAGACGUUUGAGAUGCAGAAAGAAAAGGUGCUCUGUUCCCUUUGUUUCAGAGGUUUUUGCGUUUUGGAGAAACGGAACUCUCCUAUUCUUGGCCAUGUUAAUAGCUUUGGCUUUGAAGUAUACACAUGAAAUUCAUAACACAUUUUUACCAUCAUGAACUGGCAUAAUAAAGAGACAUCAGUAUAAUGCAAUGCGAUUCUUUGGGAGCCUCUUUCUCAUUCAGAAAACAUGUCUAAAGAACCCUUUACUUAAGAAAACUACAACAUUGUAGCUAAAUAGUCUAGAUUGGUGGCAUUGAGGUGCCACUAGUGAGAAAUGAGUAUAUUAAAACAAGUAAAGGAAGAAUGGUCUGAUUGUUGUGUAUUAAAAAUUUGAAGGUCCUAAUAUAGGGCCACUGGUUUUUUGGUGAAGAAGAAUGACUAUAUCAACAGUAAUUUUUUAAACAUAGACCCAGAAAUAGCAAAUCUAUCCCCCAAGCCCCACUCAUGGUUUAGUCUACAAGGCCUUGCUCUUGAGAAAGUUUUCCAUGAUAUUGCUUAAUUUCAUCUGCACAAGGUGAGACAGUCAAAUAAAAAUUCCCUGUUCGUUUUACUACCCUUAAAGGCUGAGGUUAUUUCUCUGUCAUAAAACUGUAAAUAGCAUUUUUUAAGUCACAAUCACAUUUAAAACAGUGGAUUGUUCUACAAAUAUAUAUGUGUAUAUAUACAUAUGCUUCUGAAAUGGGGAUAUAUUAUAUAGAGUUUAUAUUUGAUUUGUGGUCUUUAGUCAUAGGUAAUCAAAAUAAAGGGAUUUGAAUGCAAAACUUUAUAUCUAAAUGUAUAUUUCUAAAGACAGUGCAAAUUGUCACUUUAUAUUGUAAAAGAAACACAUGGGAACAAUGAUCAAAGCACAUACUCCUUUGGAAGUUCAGUGAUUUCUAACCCCCUCUUUGAUGCAGAGAUAAUUAUUUUUAUUUUUAAAAAAUUAUCUUAAAAAGCUAUACUCCCCAGUACAGAUCCUAUGAUAAGUCAUAUCAGAUUGAAAAUUUAUGGUUAAAUGUCUGAAAAAUGAAGUUCAUGUCGAUCUCUAUCUAUCAGGAAUUUUCUGGAGCCCAAGUGAAAAAUUCAAUGUUUAAAUCCAAAUUGAGUGAAACUUAACUAAUGUUUUGGGAUGAUAUAUUGAACUUCAGUAACAAAAAGAAGUAAAAAUAAGAAUGUUUAUCAUAAUCAUAGCAUUAAAAUAAUGUUAUAAACAACAUUGCAUCAUUAAAUGUUUUGUUAGUUUCAGAGAAUGAGCUGAUGUUUGUCUUUGCUCCAAGCCCAAUUUAAAGACAGUGGCAUUCAUUUUAUUUGAAGUUGUUCAAAAGGUCCACAGUAUAUUCCCAUAAGUAGAAUUGGUACUAGUUCCAUUUCAAGGUUAAAUAUUACAAUCUUAAGAAAUUAUUGACACUGAAAUGUUUAAUAAACAUGUUACAUGAGAAACUAAGCAAAUUGGUUCAUUUUUGCAUUGAAGCACAGAUUAUUUAAAUCAUUGUUUUUAGAUCAGAUUUGUAAAAUGUUUAUACAUCACAACCUUCCUGGAGUGAAAAGGAAUUAAAGUCUUGAGAUACUCAUGCAUGUAGACACUUUUUUUUUAAACAUUAAACUUAUUUGAGAAGUC